UAUAAAAAUAACAGAAGCUGGAUAAUUAUGAAUCCAAUGAAUCCAAUGCAUCCAAUGCAUCCAAUGCAUCCAAUGCAUCCAAUGAGCGCAAUGGAAAGUUUACUGAAUGGCUGAAUCGGCCCCAGCGGUUUUACUUGUUUUACCCUUUUACCUUUUUACCUUUUGAGCUUGGACUCUUAGGACUCUUAUUCAUUCACUUCACUCACUCACCCUUUCUCUCCUGUUUUAUAUCUACCUGUCUAACCUCUCUUUUCUGCUAUUUAUUUACAAUCAACUUACUUCUGUACAUUACUUUAUAUCUUCCAUACGAAAUCAACUCAACUCGACUCAAAUCAAACCAAUCAAUCAACAACCUCCUACAACACAUACCAUCAAAAUGCCUUUCGAAUCUCAACAACCUCAAGCUCAACAAAUGGAGAUGUCUUCAAAUGGUCCUAUUACUGAACAACCUGUUUGUUUUCCCUUUUCUUCUCAUUCUACUUUUGUAUCGCAUACCUCUCUAUAUCUUCUAUAGAUUUCACUGCGAAAGAAAUACCUCCACAAGUAUGAAUAAAUACUAACAAAUCCAUAGCGUCAAAAUGAGGGAAUGAACGCUGAUGUCUCUAUGCGUGGUGGUGGUGGAUGCUGGUACGUUUUCUCCUACUUUUUACUUUCCUCUUGAAUUCCCGUCUCCCUCCCUCCCUCCUUCCCUCCCUUCCCACACAUCAUCCUCUACCCUCCUCUCCUCCAGCCCCUUCCGCUACAAACCAAAGUGAACCAAAAAAAAACUAACCCCAACCCCCCAACAGCGAAGCCUGUCUCGCCUGCUGUCUCCUCGACGAACUCUGCGCCUGUCUCAUCUGCGAAGAAUGUUGUUGUUAAACAACAACUCGUUCAUUUAUUCGUCAUUCGUUCAUAUGUACAUAUAAAUACAUAGAUACAAAAUACCUAGUAUUAUAGUAUAUAUCACGAUGAACGAAUCUGGAGAGAGGAUAGUAUGAUUGAUACCCGGUGAUCCAUGAUAUGGAUGUGGAUUUAGGGAUUGGACGUGGAGGGGAAGAGGGAUGGGUUGAUGAAUUUUCUUGAUGUUUUAUGUGGAUGAUGAUGAAAGAUGAAGGGGAUUAUUAAGGUGGUGGGUGUGUGGAUAGAUGGUGGAUGAAUGAUAAUAUUAUGCCGUUACAAUACAAGAGUUACAUAUAACACAAUGCCAGAUUUUUUACGAGA